ACGAGAUCAAUUCUAAACGACAUCAGGGCCGUCUGAGAGUGGCUAUGGCUUCACGAGACGUGAAAACGAAAGUCGUCGGUCCCUACGUCUUGCACGAGACGCUGGGAAGAGGACAGACAGGACUUGUGAGACUCGGUAAACACUGCCUAACAGGGCAGGAAGUCGCGGUUAAAAUCGUCGACAAGAUCAUUCUAUCAGCCAACAUUUUACAAAAGGUAGAGCGCGAAAUCGCCAUCAUGAAGCUCAUUGAACACCCAAACGUGCUUCGACUGUAUGACGUGUACGAGAACAGAACACACUUAUUUCUAGUUCUCGAGUACGUGACUGGUGGUGAACUAUUCGAUUAUCUAGUGAAGCAAGGACGUCUCACAGAAUUUGUAGCAAGAAAGUUUUUUCGCCAGUUGAUUUCUGCUAUGGAUUUCUGUCACGCUCACUGCGUGUGUCAUCGCGAUCUGAAGCCCGAGAACUUGCUUCUCGACAUCGACAACAACGUAAAAGUGUGUGACUUCGGAAUGGCAUCUCUACAGGUGGGACAUCAGCUACUUGAAACGAGUUGUGGGUCUCCUCAUUAUGCUUGCCCAGAAGUCAUUCAGGGCAUCAAGUAUGAUGGCAGAAAGGCAGACGUGUGGAGUUGUGGAAUCAUUCUAUACGCUCUUGUUGCGGGCUCAUUGCCGUUUGACGACAGACAAGGGAACUUACCUAAUUUAUUAGCAAAGGUGAAAAAGGGUAUUUACGUUAUGCCUCCUUUCUUGUCAAGUCAUCUUCAAGAACUCAUACAGCAAAUGCUCGAACUUAAUGCAGAUAAGAGAUUAUCGUUUCAGGAAGUGAUGAAACAUACUUGGGUGACACGAGGCACCGAUGAGUUGUGUGAAGAAAUGCCAGUGUUUGAUAUCGUCAAGACUGAAGUUAUUCCGAGUCACAGGCAACUCGAUCGUGAUGUGCUCACUAGCAUGCGUUGUCUCGGCUCGUUUAAGAACACAAUGCAUCUCGUAGACAAACUUAUGAGUCAACAUCACAACAUUGAGAAGGUUAUGUACUUUCUCUUGCUGAAGAGGAAGGCAGAGCAUCCAACGGUGGAAGAUAGCGAUUAUGGACUCGAUGAUGAUGAUGAUGAAGAUCGUCCUCGUAAGAGACUGGAUACAACACCAGCUACUACUCGCAGAACGACCGUGUAUGCAUCUCCGGCUACGUUUCGUCGGAAAGACUGGGGAAAUCCAAAGAGCGAACAAGAGACAAGGAUGAGGAAGAUAUCACAGCAUGCAUCUCCGGGUUACAACAGACGGAGACUUCGGAAAAUGUCAAUGGACCAAGAACCUUUAAGAUCUAUUCGGAAUCCUAUGUCAGGUCAGUUAAACAACAUGAUUCUUUCUAAUCGACCGCCACAGAUGUCUGAAUCAGGGCUUGAACCAAUGAGAGAAGCUAUCGAAUAUGACCCACAUCAUCCAAAUGAAGUUGUGCUUGGAAGUCCUCGCGUUCGACGUCGCUUCUUGUCGAAGCUAAACAAACAGAAAGAGUCACCACAGUUCCACAGGAAGACAUACGAUUCGUCUGACAGUGAUACUGGUAGCUUUGGAGGUGAAGAUCAUAGUCUGAAGAAGUCGUGGUUUAGCAACAUAUUGAAGCACGACAAAGAGGAGAUUUUUAUGAUUGUGAAAGAUAGAGAGUUUCACACACUGAAGGCAGAUAUUGUUAGAGCUUUACUGGUACUUGAAGUUCAGCAUACUGUUUCAAGCUCUCACUCGUUCAAGUUACGGUACGACUCGAAGAAGACGGGCACGGGACGUAUGUUUUCUCGAACGGUCAAAUUUGAAUUGGACAUCGCCUCUCUGAAAGGAGAUCCCACAUCUAAAACGCUGUCUGUCACAAUGAGGCUAUUGAAAGGUUCUUCUCGGCGGUUCAAGCGUAUCGUGGAGCGGAUACAAGAACACAUAUUCCACUCACCGACACCCACUCUCCAACCAAUAACCGAAGACUCAUCAUCACACCCAUCCUUACACCCAUUCUCACGCGGACGACACACAAAACGAAAACUAGCCGGCAACGUCGCCCCUCCACUCCAAGAAUUCAUAACAACAGAGUCACUACGAUCAUCAGACGAAUCGAGUAGCAUAGGCAGAGGCAGCCCAGACUCAAGUGACGUUGAAGACUUGAUGGACAAAGUUGAAAAGACCGCACGCACUCGAACCAGACGAGUAACCAUUGGGGCUCCUCCUGGACAAUAAAUUUGUGGUUCGUCAGUUUGACAGUCUCUGCUGCCUCAUUGUGUGUUGGUAGAGACGAUAAGGUGAGUUGCAAGCGUUUGUAUUGUGAGUUCCUAGUUGAGCCGUUUAGGACAGUGUUUGUUUACUAUUUUUUCUCAAUGAAAUUCUAUUGUAAGUCGUGACUUGCCAGGCAUCUUGUCCAACUUUUAGUUAAUUCUUAACGAAAUUUUAUGAAAACGUCUA